AUAGGCCACGUUACCAUGGCCACCCACUUCUCCAAGGAUCAGGAGGAGAGAAUCAAGUGUGUUAAGGGGGACCUUUUCUCGUGCCCCAAGACGGACGCCUUGGCUCAUUGCAUCAGCGAGGACUGUCGCAUGGGUGCAGGCAUAGCUGUUCUUUUUAAGAAAAAGUUUGGAGGCGUACAAGAGCUGUUGGAUCAACAAAAGAAGACUGGGGAGGUGGCGGUUCUCCAAAGAGAGGACCGAUACAUUUACUACCUGAUUACGAAGAAGAAAGUUUCUCACAAACCGACAUAUGAGAAUAUGCGGAAGAGUUUAGAAGCCAUGAAAGCUCACUGUCUAAACAAUGGGGUUACUGACAUUUCCAUGCCUAGGAUUGGAUGUGGACUUGACGGCCUGGAUUGGAAUAAAGUCUCAGCAAUACUUGGGGAAGUGUUUGAAGACACAGAUAUAAAGAUCACGGUUUACACUCUGUGAGCACAACAGUUCAAAGAGAGCCCCAUUUCCCUUGCUUCCAGGAGUGGAAACCUGUUAACUGAUGAGGGGGAAACUGCAUGCUGAGCACAUUCUUUGUCUGAGCGUAGCUCACUCCUGUGUUGUCGGUGGCAGUGGCUUUAACAACAACAACAAGAAAAAGCUCCAGAG